GGCGCGCAGAGCAUGGCCAGGGGCGCGGAGCGAGGCCGCGGGCGCGCCGGCUGGUGGCUGCGGGGCGCGCUGGCGGCGGUGGCGCUGCUGGCGGCGCUCAGUGCUGCGGGCACGGUGUUCGCGCUGUGCCAGUGGCGCGGGCUGAGCGCGGCGGUGCGGGCGCUGGAGGCUCAGCGCGGCCGCGAGCAGCGCGAGGACAGCGCCCUGCGCUCUUUUCUGGCUGAGUUGAGUCGCGCGCGGCGCCGGGCGCCCGCGCCACCCUUGGACCCAGCCAGCGCCGCGCGCAACAAGCGCAGCCACGGCGGGGAGCCCGCGCCACACAUCCGUGCCGAGAGCCACGACAUGCUGAUGAUGAUGACCUACUCCAUGGUGCCGAUCCGAGUGAUGGUGGACCUCUGCAACAGCACCAAGGGCAUUUGCCUGACAGGACCACCUGGCCCACCAGGACCUCCAGGAGUUGGUGGGCUUCCAGGACACAAUGGAUCAGAUGGACAGCCUGGUCCCCAGGGCCCAAAAGGAGAAAAAGGAGCAACUGGAAAAAGAGGAAAAAUGGGGCUGCCUGGAGCCACAGGAACUCCAGGGGAGAAGGGCGACCCUGGUGAGCUGGGCUUGACUGGAAAUGAGGGCCCAGCAGGGCCAAAGGGUGACAAAGGAGACAAAGGAGACGUGUCCAAUGAUGUGCUCCCCACAGGUGCCAAAGGUGACCAAGGCCCGCCUGGCCCCCCUGGACCUCCGGGCCCUCCAGGUCCCCCAGGACCCCCCGGAAGCAGAAGAUCUAAAGGCCCUCGGCAGCAAAACAUGUUCAAUGGCCAGUGUGCAGGUGAGACAUGCGCUACACCGAAUGACGGUACGUUGGUUGGAAAGGCUGAUGGGACGGUUGGGGAUCACCAUUCUCCACCAGCAGAAUCCGUGAUCGCUUCCAUCGGAAGUCCAACGCAAGUCCUGAAAGUUAAAGAGACAUUUGGGACAUGGAUAAGAGAGUCUGCAAACAAGAGUGAUGAGCGGAUCUGGGUGACGGAACAUUUCUCAGGCAUCAGGGUGAAGGAAUUCAAAGACCAACCCUCACUGCUGAAUGGCAGUUACACACUCCUGCACCUGCCGUAUUAUUUCCAUGGCUGUGGGCAUGCCGUUCACAACAACUCUCUCUACUACCACAAAGGAGGCUCCAACACCAUAGUGAGAUUUGAUUUUGGCAAGGAAACAUCCCAAACUCUGAAGCUUGAAAAUGCCCUGUAUUUUGAUCGAAAGUACCUCUUUGCAAAUUCCAAGACUUACUUCAAUUUAGCUGUGGAUGAAAAGGGCCUUUGGAUUAUCUAUGCUUCAAGUGUGGAUGGCUCAAGCAUUCUUGUCGCCCAGUUGGAUGAGAGGACAUUCUCUGUGGGGCAACACAUCAAUACCACGUACCCCAAAACCAAGGCCGGCAACGCCUUCAUUGCCCGAGGGAUCCUUUAUGUCACAGACACCAAAGAUAUGAGGAUAACAUUUGCUUUUGAUUUGUUAGGAGGGAAACAGAUCAAUGCUAACUUUGAUUUAAGAACUUCCCAGUCUGUUCUUGCCAUGUUAUCAUACAAUAUGAGAGACCAGCGUUUAUAUUCGUGGGAAGAUGGCCAUUUAAUGCUUUAUCCUGUGCAGUUUUUGUUAUCUACAUUAAACCAGUGAGGAGAUGCAUUGCUCCCCCUCA